AUGAAGUUGAAAAAGGUCGAAGUUGAAGUUCGAAAAGUUGAAAAAGAAAAAGAAAACAAAACAAAUGAAGUCACCAUCCCCCCCUUGAGCUACGAGGCGUCUGCCACCACAACUCACCCCCACUUCGGCACAUGUCUGCCGCAGGAAGUGGUCUCCUGUCUCAAGAACUCUAGAUUCUUACAUCUUGCUACCUGUGAUGGCCUCAAUCCUCACAUCUCCCUGAUGAGCUAUACCUUCCUCCCUUCCACGCCGUUCAACCCCACCACGCCAACCAUCAUAAUGACCACCAACCCUUCGUCCAAGAAGACACUCAACCUCCGCUCCAACCCACGCGUAUCUCUCCUGGUGCACGACUGGGUCUCUCACAGACCGCCUACCCGGAACCGUGAUGCCGGACGAGACGGGUCUCCGCCCCCCGCGGCCACGCAGUCCAGCCUCGCCGCCCUGCUGCUGAACAUCAACACCAGCGCCAUGAGCAGCAUCAGCACUACGAUAAUAGGCGAGGCCAGGGUGCUGGACACGGGCAGCGAGGAAGAGAAGUGGUGCAGAGAGCGGCAUCUGGAAAACAACACGUUUAUCGCCGACGAGGUGGGGGUUGGUGUGUUUAGCGGCCGCGGUCAGGCGCGGCAGGAAGGCGCUGAAGAAGACGAAGAUGAAGUAGGAAGACGCCCCUCCAUCAUGGAUGAUGAUGUCAAUGUGGUGGUGGUUGCCGUUAAAGAAGGGAGGAUCGCCGAUUUAAAGGGUGGGGUGAGGGAUUGGGCAGUUGUGCCGGAAGGAGAGGAGCAGCGGCAACCGAAUGGAAUACCCCCGUCAUGA